CUUCACUCUUGAACUUUGAAUCUUCAACCAACUCACAUCCGUCCGAACUUGUGAUAUACACGCAUUUAUUUCCAACAUUUGCCGGAGAAAAUCCCAACAAAUCCAAGUGACGACAUCUGCCAAACUCGGUGAGUACCUUGUUCUCGUAUCAUAAUCUUCAUCGAAUUAUUACCAUUGUAGCGUUACAUUGUCACUAAAUGUCGUGUCCACAUCUGCACUCCUCUCAGCUUUGAGUUCCUGGCACCAGGUGUCACCUCUGGUGGGUUUAACCAUGGCUGAAGCCCCAUCCAAUGAGAACCGGGUGUUCAUUGGAGACUUGCUUAGUUCGGGUACCUACAGCUACCUGGUGGAGUCCGUCCUCGGGCAAGGUACCUUCGGCAUGGUUGCCAAGUGCAGGAAUAUCGCAGGCAACAAGACGGUAGCCAUGAAAAUUAUGCAAAACUAUUGCUCUUUAGUCGACCAGGCCAGAGGAGAGGUGGAUGUCCUGUUUCAACUCCAACUGCUGGACUCUGACAAGAGCAACCUGGUGCAAUGGUAAAAGGUGUUCACCUUCAUCUGUCUGGAGUUUAAGCACUUGGACAAAAGUAAACCACCGAUCGAUAACAUUCUCACAAAAACGGUCUUGUUACAUUGGAAAAGGUCCAGACGAUCCAAUCCAGUAAAUUGUUUAAUCCAAAACACAUUAUGAUAUCAAUAAAUAUCCACGGGCUGCUGUUGCAACACUUUAAAUCAGCCAGCAAAUAUGUCUAAUUAUUUAUGUUUUUUCCGUCUUAAGUAAAAAAUGCCGAUAUCUUGGUGUGCCUUGAAAAGGUGUUUUAGGCUUAUUUUAAAGGAAUGGAAAAAAACAGUUUAGGGUUUAAUGCUGCCAAACAUCAACUUCGAUGGAGGUUGGUGUCGGAGCGCCUGUCACAGGCGGGAGGUUUGUCUUGUCUUGGGUUUUUGUCUCGUAAAUUCCUGUUUUAUUUUAAAAGCCUAACUCUCCCUCUCGUUUCAGGUCACUUGCCCUUCCUCAUGUGUCACCGGUCUGAUUGUCUCCCCUGAUCCCUGAUUGUUUCCACCUGUUCCCCAUUACCCGCAUGUGCUUAUAGUCUGUGUUUCCCCUUUGUCUUGUGCCAAAGUGUUUCGUCCUUGUCCGUGCACCUAAGCCCUUUGCCACAGCCAUAGUCUCUUUUUCCAAGUGUAUUGCCAAAUCACGUAAGUUGCUUUCUGUUUCCUCCUUGAGAUUGAUUUUUCGUUUGUAAAGUUUCUAGUUUAGCUGUCCUCCCGUGUGGAGGGAUUUUGUGUUUAGAUUAGACCUAGAUAGUUUUGUAGAGCCUCCAGUUUUAGGUGUGCUUUUUCUUUUUUGUCAGCUGUUUUGCUCUCCUUCCGUUUGGAGUGAUUUUGUGUUUGGAUUAGAUCGUCAUUAUCAGGAAGUUUUUCUUUCGCAAGUUAUCUUGCCAGGCCCUAGUUAUUUAGAGUUUUUUUCAUAGCCCAUUUAUUUUGAUAACUUUUCAAAGA